UCCCCCUUCCUUCAUCGUCAUCUCCUGGCAGUAUUUUGACAAUGGCAUUAAAGGGUUGUUGUUCAGUUGCAAGAGAGAAAAAUCAGACAAAUCAGUUGCACGAUUUUGUCUGGUGUCUUAAAGAUGGAAGCUUUACCAAAACAAACUCAGGGGUCGUGGUGGUCAUCGGCAUUGACGAUGGAGGAGGAGGAGAAGAGCAAGCAAACCAGACAGAUAACGAGGAUGACAUCAGGAGGUGUUCCUCGUCUUGUUCGAAUGAAGCAAAAUCUGGGACGAUCGAUGAGAGGGGAUCUUCGGUGUCGUCACUGGAAGUGGAUCUGGAGGCUGGAACCAAGCUGCAUUUGCCCAUAAACAGGAAACGAGUAAUCUUCUUUUUUUAAAAAAAAAAAUUCUGGGAUGUUUUGCUAGUGUUUUUUUAAAUUAUUGGCACGAUUUAUUCUUCUGGAUGUACAAUCUUUAUGGG